UGGCUCCUAUAUAAGACCGAACAGACCAAGAAGGCACCAUGAAACAGCGGCAGAAGCCAGAAAGAAAAAGGGCACCCAUCAAGGUACUUCACAAAUUCUCAAGCAGCUGCAGACAGAACGAAGCACAGCUCAAACAAUGAACAGUGCGUACUCUUUGGCUGGACUUCUGCUCCUUAUCCUCAUCCAAAGCAGUUGGCAAGUGCCUGACCAGGAUACAGACCGAAACUCCAUGCUAUUAACUGACAAUUCGAUGCUCACCGAACCUGUUGAGCUCACAAACAUGAAGAGACAUUCAGAGGGAACAUUUUCCAACGACUACAGCAAAUAUCUGGAGACAAGAAGAGCACAAGACUUUGUCCAGUGGCUUAAAAACUCAAAGAGAAAUGGGGGUUUAUUUAGACGCCAUGCAGACGGCACCUUCACCAGUGAUGUGAGCUCCUACCUGCAGGACCAGGCAGCCAAGGAGUUUGUGUCCUGGCUGAAGACCGGCAGAGGCAGACGAGAUUAGAGUCCACCAGGGGAGCCCACCAGCACUCACCUGAAUCAUGCAACAGUUCACAAUGACUCUGUGCCAGUAUGUGUUUCAACAUCUGUACCGUCCUUUUCCCUGGUCAAGCUAUUAAAUUCACUUCAUAAGAAGCUCUGUUGGACUUCAUGGUUGAAGGAAAAUUUAUCAAAAUGCAGAAAAAGCUCCAUGUGUUCUGAUCUAAUCAUCGAUGCUGUGUCAUUUUUUAUAAUCAGGCAUUCUCAUCUUCAUGUUUUUUCACAUUCACAUUUUGCAUUUUCAUGUUCUUUCUCACAUAAACAUGCAAGAAAAUGUUAAUUAUCCCAUUAUUGAUCUCAACUGUAGCUUCAAUAACGUCUGUAGAUAGUCUGUCUUUCUUAAAAUUCAUUUAAAAGUUAUAUUUAGUUUUCAAUAAAGAAAUGUGUACAAUCUA